AUGCUCAUCACCGGGAAAGCCCACCAGGACGACCUCCGCCGCCUGUUCUCGCGGCCCGGCCCCCACGUCUUCAAGGACGCCACCAUGCCCAUUGCCUUCGUGGGCCUCCAGGUGAUCGAAUUCCUCAUCAGACAGAACACCGAGAUCAGAGAGACCGCUUCGCUGCUGAAGAAGGCGAUUCCUGGAUGUGACAGGUCCCAGCUCACCAGGCUUUUGAAUUAUGCAAUCUCGUGCGGGGACGUGGGAAUAGUGGCGAGCCUGAUCGACGGCGGCGCAGAUGUUAACGACGUGAAUCCAGAUGGAACAUCCUUGAUAAGCCUGGCAAUUGAAGCUGGAAAUCUCGAGAUUCUGAAGAUCCUGAUAGCGUCAGGCUCAUCAGUCGGCAAAAAGAACAAACACGCGGAUUGCAUCCUCCACAAGGCGGCAGCAAUGAACCGGGUUGACCUCAUGGAAGUCCUCUUCAAGGCGUUCGGGGACGUCAUUGACCCGAACGAGCCCGACCCCGAUGGGCGGACCCCGCUGCACGUCGCGGCGGCCAACGGCUUCGUCGACGCGAUCAGGUUCUGCGUUGCAGCUGGGGCGGACGCUGACGCGACGGACUCCGCCGGAUUGACCCCUCUCCACCUCGCCGCCGCCGCGGGCAACGCCGAGGCCGUCGAGUACCUGGUCAACCACUCGACGUACGCGAGGCACGCGGUGGACGGGGACGGGAAGACGGCAUUCGUGCUCGCGGCGGAGAACGGGCACUCGCGGCUGCUCGACUCGCUGCGGCUGCGGGACGUCCUGCUGCGGGCGGCGAGGGUCGACGACGUCAUCGGGAUGAAGAGCUGCCUCGAGGGGGAGCCGACGUGGAGGCGCGGGAUCAGAACGGGUGGACGCCGCUGCACCGGGCGGCGUUCAAGGGCCGGGUCGAGAGCGUGA